CACUGAGCGGCUCUCAAACUUCAGUGUUGAGCCUGAAAGCAAAGGACGAAGAGCAGGAGCCGACAGAUAGACAAACAGAGGGACUAGAGUCUCAGCUAAACGGCGUUUUGGAGCCGCUAACCGCCGCUUUGACAACUGCUUUUAUCAUCGGCUGCUAACGGUCGCUUUGAGGAUUUACGCUCAGCCCUCGGUCUGUGAUUUUGAUGAUUUUUCCUCCAUUGUUGGUCGAAGUUUUCGACUGUCACGUCUUAGUUACGGACAUUUAUCUGUCGUGCAUGUGGGAUAAAUCUUUUAAAUCAGAGACAACAUAAUUAAACACUGCUCUACUUCUCGUGUUCAGCUGUUUUUGAGUGUUUUUCUGACGGAUAGCUAACGGCAGAGGCGACAUUUGGACCUGCUUUCGCCAUGGGGAAAUAGCGGGGCUCCCUCUGAAACAGACUCCUGUGUUUUUGACUCUUUCAUGCUCUUUACUAAAAGACAGAGCUCAGUGUUAGACUUAAACAAUGAGCAUGGAUGGCUGUCCGCUAAAAGUGGCGAUUUUGUUGUGGUGUAUGCUGGUGAUUUCUGGCUCCAGCUUUGAGAUCGGCUCCUACGACCUGGAGCGAGGCAGACCAGCUAAGUGCGAGCCCAUCGUGAUCCCCAUGUGCCAGGGGAUCGGCUACAACCUGACCCGGAUGCCCAACUUCAUGGACCACGACGACCAGAAGGAAGCUGCUAUCAAGCUGAACGAGUUUGCUCCUCUGGUGGCUUAUGGCUGUGAUGUGCACCUCCGCUUUUUCCUCUGCUCCCUCUACGCCCCCAUGUGCACGGACAAAGUGUCCACCUCCAUCCCAGCAUGCAGACCCAUGUGUGAGCAGGCCAGGGAGAGGUGCGCCCCCAUCAUGAAGAAGUUCAGCUACACCUGGCCGGACUCACUGGACUGCUCCAGGCUGCCCACCAGGAAUGAUCCCAAUGCUCUGUGCAUGGAGGCACCAGAGAAUGAAACCAGGACAGAGGGAAAGAAAGGUGAGGGCAUGCUUCCUGUUCCCCCUCGGCCCAGGCAACCAGGUACUAGUAGCGGGCGCUCCCCUGGCAAUGUGGGCUCCUGUGAGAACCCUGACAAGUUCCAGUUUGUGGAGAAGAGCCAGUCAUGUGCACCUCGAUGCUCCCCUGCUGUGGACGUGUUUUGGUCCAGACAGGACAAGGACUUUGCUUUCAUUUGGAUGACAGUGUGGUCAAUCCUCUGCUUUGUCUCCACCGCCUUCACCGUCCUGACCUUCCUCCUGGAGCCGCACCGCUUUCAGUACCCUGAACGCCCCAUUAUUUUCCUCUCUAUGUGCUACAACGUGUACUCUGUGGCCUUCAUCAUCCGCUCCGUGGCUGGAGCUGAGAACAUCGCCUGUGAUCGUGAGCAUGGUGAGCUGUACAUCAUCCAGGAGGGGCUGGAGUCGACCGGCUGCACCAUAGUCUUCCUCAUCCUUUACUAUUUUGGCAUGGCCUCCUCUAUCUGGUGGGUGAUUCUUACUCUCACCUGGUUCCUGGCUGCUGGUAAAAAGUGGGGUCAUGAGGCUAUAGAAGCCCACAGUAAUUACUUCCACAUGGCAGCUUGGGGCAUACCUGCUCUUAAGACCAUCGUCAUCCUCACAAUGAGAAAAGUAGCUGGAGAUGAGCUGACAGGGCUUUGCUAUGUUGGGAGCAUGGACUCUGGGGCGCUAACCGGCUUCGUCCUCAUCCCUCUAUCCUGCUACCUGAUCAUUGGCACCUCCUUCAUCCUCACCGGCUUCGUCGCUCUCUUCCACAUCCGCAAAGUGAUGAAGACGGAGGGCACCAACACAGAGAAGCUGGAGAAGCUGAUGGUGAAAAUCGGCAUCUACUCCAUCCUCUACACGGUGCCGGCCACCUGCGUCAUCGUCUGCUACUUCUAUGAGAGGCUCAACAUGGACUACUGGAAGCUGAGGGGGCUGCAGAUGAAGUGUGGCUCGUUCGACAGCCUCAGCGGAGACUGUUCACUGCAGACGUCUGUUCCCACUGUGGCUGUCUUCAUGCUGAAGAUCUUCAUGUCGCUGGUGGUGGGUAUCACCAGCGGGGUGUGGGUUUGGAGCUCUAAGACCCUGCAGACCUGGCAGGGCCUGUGCAGCAGGAAGCUGACAGACAGGACUAGAAGCAGGAAGCCGUGCAGCGGCGUCAGCUGCGGCAGCACACACUGCCACUACAAAUCUCCUGCUGUGGUUCUGCACAUGGCCAAGACUGACCUGCACUCAGACAACCCCACGCAUGUGUGAGACAAAGACAUAAACACUGCCAAAUACAAACAUACACUCUGACAUACACACAUGCCCUGAGUAAGGAGCUGCUAAAGACUUUGUGAGAAGAUGAGCGGAUGAAAUGAACUGUCAGGUACCGCUCUGCUGCUGCCAGUGGACACAAAGGCAUCACUAUGAGAAACUAUCUAUUAACAGUAUUCAAUGCAUAAAAGGAAAUGCUCAGUAUUGUAACCUAUAUUUUUUUGUUUCAUAGUUGUCUGUGCAGUAGAAAUGCCCAGUGUUUCAAAGCAAAAAAAAAGACUGUUAUGGGAGGUAUCUAUGGAAAUAUUAGUCUUUUCUCCUCCUUUAAAGUGGCAUGAUUUUCUGUAUAAAUGUGUAUAAAUGUUUUAUUUAUUGUAAAUAUAUUUAAUUUAAAGUUCACCGUAAGAGAUUUGUUGUUUAGAUGCAUUUAAGGAAGGUAAAGGGAAAAUAAGUGCCUUUUAUAAGAACUCUGGCCUUUUUUGAGGAAAAUAAA